GUUUUCCUCUGCGUAGUGCAUCUUGCGUGCGGUGAUCGUCAUUCUGCAUUGGCGUUUGUGACCCUACGUUUUGCGAUUUGCGAACCACACGCCGAAUUACGCAGACACACCUAAAUAUGACGACGCACGGAGAGCUCGAGGAAUAACGUAACGACGCACCAGAGACUCGAAGAAUAAUGUGACGACAUCGACGACGCACCGAGCGGCACACAUUCCGAACGAGGUCGUAUCAACAAACACUGUUGUACGCGCGCAAAAAAACAACGCCGCCGUUACCUACUCACCGUUUUUCCACGAACGUUCAACGUACGUUGCGAAAUACAAAAAAUUUAACGCGCUUCGCGAAAUACAUCGCGAACACACUAUUUCCCGCGUUCCGCGGUAAUUAUUUACUUUGAAUAUGCCAAUAUUUUUUCCAUAACCUGUUUCUCGACACAGACGAUUUGUCGUGUUACUCGGCGCUCUCAAUCUAGUGGAUGAGUUACAUCGAAAUUGGUGAAAAAUUCAAAAACGUGACGCGUGAUAUGCACAAAUUCGGACGUCGUCAAAAGAGAUUCUCGCCCAUGCGAGCAUCGCGAUGCAAAAAAAAAAUAAUCCUCCCGAGAGUUCCAAUUCCUAUCACAAGCAAAAGGCUCGAAUGUAUUGUGACGAUCCAGGAGCGGCACGCGCCUCUUUCUAUUCGCUUGAGUCUCAGUACCGAACGAUAGUAGAGCCGACUUCGUAAAAACAAACAGCACACUGUAGGUUAUCAAACAAAUGCCAGGCAUUGAGCAUCAGCCAGCUUGUAGCAGAAUGACCUAAUCGACGCCCUAAACGAUGCGCUGCGAAAACGACUACACCGUUCUUGAUUGGGGAGGAUCGACAGUCACAUCUGGAAUUCUAGGAUCAAUACAACGAAGGAUAUAUCUCUAUAGUGCGGACCAUCCGAAAAGAUUCACUCCUAUCAAUCCCGACAGCUCUCUACGAGAUCUUCUAAGAGGCACGGUUGGAUCAACGGGGCCAUCUGCACGGUCGGCGGAUUCAGGCUUCGCGGAUACCGAUCCGGACUUGAUGAGCUUCGCUAUCAGUGCAACCGGAUAUUGCAGGACUGAGAUAAAGGCCAGACCACGACGGGGAAAAGUCUCGAACGCUCGAAGAGGAGAUGAAACGGAAGAAGAAGAGAAGGAAGGCAACAUGCGCGAAAUCAUCUUUAAGUAAUCGGCCUUUCCGAAGGUAUUCGUCGAGACGAGAAUGGGACGAGAAUGGGACGAGGUGAGAUGCAAACGACGACGGUGGAAAACCGAGGCAUACCGGGGACUCGAUUAAAUGAUUAAACGAGCCCCGCGGCGCCAUAUUAAACUCGCCGUUAUUCUCCCGUUCAUGGUAGUCGCUUCCUGUGACGACGACAGUCACCCUCUUCGCCGACGCGGCUUCUUCCAUUUUUCUCCCCAUUCUUCGUACCUUUCUCGCAUCCCCUAACAAUGUCAUUGUCCAUUAUCGCGGCACAAUCGAGGAAGAACAAAAACAGAUUUCGAUUAUACCGAUUGCAAUGAAUUCUGAUGAACUGGUUUUCUUUUCUGAAGCAGGAAAGAGGAAGGGUGUAAAAGACGUCCCUCAUAAAUCUCUCGGAAGCGCUAUAUCGCUCCGUCUGCACGGAGUAUCUCGAGAGG